AGUUUUUAGUUCCCUUUUUUAUUAUUAUUGUUAUUAUAAUAUUAGUAGUAUGGUUGUGAUUGUGUUGUUUCGUUUCGGUUUUGUAUAUGAUAAUAAUUUUGUAAAUAGAAUAUAGAAUUCAGAUGUAAAAUCAAGUGAGCAAGAUUUUCAAUUUCUUUUGCUUUGUCCUCAGUAUUCAAUUGCUAACCGACAGAAUAGGAACGGGCCGAAAAGAACCUUUUCUGCAAAAUUGGUUGUUUGAUUUUAAACAUCUGCAUCAGUGGCGCCAAAUUGAGACAAAAAAAAAAAUAAUAAUAAUUUAAAUAAAAGAUAAUAAAUCUAAAAAGUCAUAUGCAUAAAUCAAAAUUGAAAGUGUUUAUUGCGUGUCUUGGUACUUAGCUGCUUUGUUGGACAAGAGAUCUUUAACGUCAUUGAGGAAUAUACAUACAUACAUACAUACAUAAAUAAAUAUUUUUUUUACAUAAGACGACCAAAAGAAUUAACAGAACAAAAUAAACAAUUGAAAAAGAUCAUCACAAAAAAAAAACAUAAAAUUGAUCGCGUGUAAACAUUUACUACUACAAGUACCGUCAGUGGUCAGAGUCAGUACCUCAUUCAUUCAAUCAAUAUUGUUGAAAAUUGAAGGUGGUGCUGAUGCACCAGCAGUUGGUUAUUAUUCCCUUAUAGUAUUGAUGUAGUGAUACUUGUAAUAUAGUAAUUAGUGUGACGUGCUUAAACUAUAAAUAAUAUUUUAUAGUUUAAAAAUAGUGUGAAACAAAGAAUAAUAAAACAAAUAUUAAUUAAAUAAAUACUAAAAACAAAAUAUAAAUAAAUAAUUUUUUUUUGUUAAAAAUGAUUUCUGUUGAGGAAGGUAAAAAAAGUUCAGCUACAAUUGCUGAAUCUGAUGGUAACAGCAAUGCGGGCAUUGCUGCCAAUCAGGAGAAUCAACGUGAAAAUUGGGGCAGUAGUUUGGAGUUUCUGAUGUCUUGUAUUUCGGUUUCUGUGGGUUUGGGUAAUAUUUGGCGUUUUCCAUUUACCGCUUAUGAGAAUGGUGGCGGAGCUUUUCUGAUACCUUAUAUAGUAGUGCUUUUUUUAAUUGGUAAACCUAUGUACUACUUAGAGGUUUUACUAGGCCAAUUCACCAGUCAAAGUUCCAUAAAAAUUUGGUCCGUAUGCCCUUCAUUUGUUGGAGUGGGCAUUGGACAAGCCUAUGCUGGUAUAUGUGUUCUUACCUAUUACUCUUCCCUGCUGGCACUAACACUGUACUAUUUUGUUUCAUCAUUUAAUAAAAUUUUACCCUGGUCCUACUGUCGUGAGGAAUGGGGACCAAAUUGUGUUGAUUCUAAUCCCAUAGGAAAUCCUAAUAGUAAUUAUAGUGAUGAUGCCAGAGCUAGUUAUAAAUUACAAAGUAGUUCAGAAUUAUUCUUUUUGAGAGAAGUCAUACGUGAGUAUGAUGAUAUUUCUGAAGGCAUUGGCUUGCCUAGUUGGCAAUUGACGUUGGCCCUGUUUGUAGCAUGGCUAACGACAUUUUUGGUUAUUGUAAGAGGUGUAAAGACUGCCGGAAAAGCUGCUUACUUUUUAGCUAUAUUUCCCUAUGUAAUACUUAUAACACUGCUAAUUAGAGCGGUGACUUUGGAUGGUGCUAUCGAUGGUAUUAUUUUCUUUUUGAAACCCAAUUGGAGUGAGUUGUUAAAUUUGAAGGUUUGGAAAGAGGCUGUUGUACAGUGUUUCUUCUCCUUGGCUGUGGGUUUGGGACCAAUUGUAAUGUUCUCUUCCUAUAAUAAAUUUUAUCAUAAUGCCAACAGGGAUGCCAUUAUCGUAACUAGUCUGGAUACGGUAACAAGUUUAAUAGCUGGCAUAACAAUUUUCGGAAUAUUAGGAAAUUUGGCACACAAUCUUAAUGUUAGCAAUAUUGAUGAGGUGGUGCGUAGUGGUACUGGUCUAGCUUUCAUUUCCUAUCCAGAUGCUAUAGCCAAAUUUAAGGCAGUACCACAGCUAUUUGCCGUUUUAUUUUUUAUUAUGUUAUUUGUUUUGGGCAUAGGUACCUUGGUGGCUCAAGCCAAUACAUUAGUGGCCAUAUUAUGUGAUCACUACAAAUGGAUGAAAGCUUCUAUGGUGGCCUUGAUAACAACAAUUUGUGGAUUUCUUUGUGGCAUCAUAUACGUUACACCGGCCGGUCAAUGGAUCCUAAGUUUAGUUGAUUAUUAUGGUGCUACAUUUGUUAUAUUCGGUUUAGCCUUGUUUCAAAUUAUUGGCAUUGCAUGGGUCUAUGGUUUAAACAAUUUCUGUGAUGAUAUUGAAUUUAUGACCAAACAACAUGUAUCAUUCUAUUGGCGCAUAUGUUGGGCAGUGGUGACACCACUAUUGUUACUAUUUAUUUUUGUCUACUCGAUGGCGGAAUUAAAAACAUUAAAAUAUGCUGGCAUGGAUUAUCCAGAAGCAGCUAAUAUUGCUGGUUGGAUAUUAUUGGCCAUAGGUUUUGUACAAUUUCCUUUAUGGUUUAUAUGGAGUACAGCUAGUAAUAGUAAUGCUUCUAUAUGGAAUAGUAUUAAAAAAGCCUGUUCACCCAGUGAGGAAUGGGGUCCCAGUGAUCCGGUUAUACGCAAGCAAUGGCUGCUUUAUAAACAGGAAAUGCAAGAACAGCGUAAAGCUCAAUAUUCCGAAGAGAAAUACUCACAAUUUUCACAGAAAUUAAGAAAUGUUUUUUGUUAAACAUUAAUACAAGGCUAGGAUAUAGAGGCAUUUUUUUAUAAUUUUAAUUUAAGCAUUUAUUCAAUAGCGCUAGAAGCAGAGAAUUUUAUAAAAAACAAAUUGUACUUAAUCAGAAUUUAAAUUAUGUAUAUCUAUGUAUGUCUGUAUGUACUUAUCUAGAUAAUGUACUUUAUGAAAUUAAUAAUUAAAUUAA